UCUCAGGCGCGCACAGCGCCGUCUCUGUCGUCCACCCGCGCGCAGAUCCGCGGGGAGGGCGAUCUGCCGACCGGCCCACCCCGGGCGUCAGUGAAGGGCGCCCUCGGUCGCCCCCGCCGCCCCCACCCCAGAUGUAUUAUGCGGUUUCUCAGGCGCGUGUGAACGCGGCUCCAGCGACCAUGCUGAGGCCACAGCGGCCCGGAGACCUCGGGACCUCGCUGUACGAACUGGUGGGUUACAGACAGCCACCCAUUUCGUCCUCCUCUUCCUCCUCCUCUACGUCCUCCUCCUCUCCCACGGCGUCCCUCCUCCCCAAGGCUGCGCGCGAGAAGCCCGAAGCGCCUGUCGCUGAGUCGCUGGGAACCGCGCCGGAGUCCCGGGGCUCCAGGGCCGACGCCAAAGAGGAGCAGCAGCAGCAGCAGCAGCUGCGGCGCAAGAUCAACAGCCGCGAGCGGAAGCGCAUGCAGGAUCUGAACUUGGCCAUGGACGCGCUGCGCGAAGUCAUCCUGCCCUACUCGGCGGCGCACUGCCAGGGCGCGCCCGGCCGCAAGCUCUCCAAGAUCGCCACGCUGCUGCUCGCCCGCAACUACAUCCUGCUGCUGGGCAGCUCGCUGCAGGAGCUGCGCCGCGCGCUCGGCGAGGGUGCGGGGCCCGCAGCCCCGCGCCUGCUCCUGGCCGGCCUGCCCCUGCUGGCCGCCGCGCCCGGCUCUGUGCUGCUGGCACCCGGCGCCGUGGGGCCCCCCGAAACACUGCGCCCCACCAAGUACCUGUCACUAGCGCUCGACGAGCCGCCGUGCGGCCAGUUCGCUCUCCCCGCUGGUGGCGCAGGUGGCCCCGGCCUCUGCUCCUGUGCGGUGUGCAAGUUCCCGCAUCUGGUCCCUGCCGGCUUGGGCCUGGCGGCGGUGCAAGCUCAGUUCUCCAAGUGAGGGCUGGCUGGGCCCGGGGCGGGGCGCGACCUCAGUCAACCUUCCGGCGCCCUAGCGUUCUGGAUCUAAGGAGAGCUGGACCCAAUAAGGAGGACAUUUCCAGAUUUCUCCCCCAGACGACAGACUGUAGGGCGCCUUCAUCCCUGCCCCCACUCCCUAACAAUUAAAGUGACCCAAGCAGGUGUUCCAAGGAGCGACGCAGUUGUUCGGGGUUCUAGAUAGAGCCCACCUGUUUAGAGCCAGAAGCCCUGGCAUCCUUACCUUAAGCUCACCAAGUGGUGGGCGUGAUCCCGGGUCUCUCCGAGUAGCCGGGGCAUCGCGGGGCUGGGAGGAGGGUAGUCGGCGGUGCGGCACAGUCGGGCUGCCCACGACCUCGGCGUCCUGGGAUCCGCCAGCUCCCAGGCCUUGGGACUGCUCCCCAACAGCGUUGACCACCCCCGGGGGGAGGGGGCUUCUUUUCUUGUCCCUGGCCUGAGCUCACAGGCUCUCUUGUUCCCGCCAACCAAAUGCAUGCGGACCCAGGAGAUCUAGAAAGGCCAGUCCAUGGGUACAAACAGCAACGGUGUUGGCGCAUGGACUGCCCUGGAAGGACCAGAGUUUCAGGACAGGGUGCAGGUGGGAGCACCAAGGUCAUUGGGAAUGCGGGGUGGGAAGUUCGCCUGGCCGCACAGUUCCGUUUUUCAUAACACCCAGCUGUUCUGCGGCGGGGUAUUCACUCCUUAAGUCCUGGACAUCUACGUCGUUUCUUUUCCCACAAAGGUGAGUUUAACCAACAUUUGAGCUUGCUCGAAAACAACACACCAAUCACCUUUCGUGGCAUCUGUGUUCCGGACUUACCAACAUAGGUAACAAGGCGUUUCGUAGCUGCAGGCUUGUGACACUCGGUAAUUAAUGUUCUCAUUAAAGUGUGUGGCGGUGGGCGAGGAUCCCAAACCGCCGGGCUGGACAAACCCAGCUGCGCCGCAGGCGGGAAGGCGCUGGCCCUUGAGCCGCGCUGGUCUUCGACCACCGCCUUGCCGCUGAAGAACUCCGUGGAUGCGUGCACCCGUGGGCGCCGCGUCUUGGUUUGCGUUUAGUGUUAGGAAACUGCCCACGAUUAUCUCCCAAUCUUCACCAGCUUGCUUUGAUUUUUACGUUGGCAGUUUUGGGUUGUUGACAGUAGUCGAAUUUAACUGGCAUUUUGUUUGACCUCUAACUUUGUCGCUGCCCCAUCUCCCACGGACUGUACCGAAGACACAGAAUAAAACGUCAACAGUCGAA